UAGAAAUUAGUUUUGGGACCUUUCUAUAACAUUUCUAAACAUAAGGGUCUAAACUGUAAUUAUUAUAAGUUGGGAGUUCUUUUCUUAACCGAAUCGAACCGAAAUGUUUGGUUAUUGGUUCAAAAAGCCGGUUAUCGGUUUGGUUCACCGAACAUAUCUUCUUUUUCUUUAAUAGUCUUGUCCUAAUUUCGCCGCAACAGAAAAAAAACAGAACUCGCACCGUUCUCGUCUAAUCUCUCUCUCGACAAUGGCUCGAUCUUCGUCUCCGUCUCUUUCUCUCUCCCGGUGCCGAUUCGCCGCGGCUUAUCUCCUCCCUUCAUCUCGAUCCAUCUUCUUCCGAUCUCAAUCCUCGAAUCGCCGCUCUAACCUCGGGGAGCUGAUUGAGAUCGAUGUCGCCGCGUCGCAGUCGCAGUCGCAAUCGGAUCCUCUUUCGCAGAAGCUGGAGGACGCGGUGCACCGGAUAAUGGUGCGCCGAGCCGCGCCUGAUUGGCUCCCUUUCCUUCCCGGCGCUUCGUAUUGGGUCCCGCCUCGUAGGUCCCAGUCCCAUGGGAUCGCUAAGCUCGUUGAGAAGCUGGCGAAUCCCAUCGGCGAUGAAGAGUCAGUCUCUGUCGCGUCGGGUCGUGGAUGGCCUUGUUCUGAUUACUUCAUCAAAGGUGUAGAGCCUGAAUCGGUGGAGACGGAGAUGGCUUCAGGUACUGCUGCAUCUCACUCUGAGGAUGAGGAAGGGUAAACAAACAAAAACUCGUUAAAACCAUUGUCUGGAUUCUACAAGAUUUGUUGAUUUUAAGAACACGGAUCAAACAGGAAUUGAACCACCAAGAGCAGAUGUGAAGACGUGACAUGGUUUAGACUUGAAGAUAGGGUAAGAGUAAGCAAACCUUUUACAACACAUGAGAUCCUAUCAAGUUCUGAAAUGUAAAAAAAAAAAACAAUAAGAAAAGGCGUUGUAGCUCAGCCCCCUGUUUUCAAUGUAAUCUUUCUUAUAACAGUUUGAUGAAUCCUGUGUAUAUAUAUUCGCCAUCAGCUCUCAGGUCCCAGUUCUCCCAUUUUAA